AUGACACAGACCUAGAAAUUACCUGUAUUUUAAUUUCCACUGAGUUUGAGAACUUUUAUAGACAACAUGUAGUUUUUCUGUUCAACAUACCAUGACUAUUAUUAAAAUUUGCAUUUAACACUUCGUUCAACAUUUCCUAUAAUACCUUUCAAAGCUUCUGCGCAAAUUUCUAUAUUUUUCAAUAACAUCGCUCAGGCCCGUAUUUAAGGGGGGGCAAAGGGGGCAAGUGCCCCGGGCCCCCCGAUUAGGGGGGCCCCCCAAGAAUCCUGUAUCACUAUAUAUUUUCUUCAACAGAACCACUGCACCUUAAUAGAAGAUCACAUUUUAUACAUGUUCUAAGGUAGUAGGGUUUAAUUUAAUCUGAAAUUUCACUUGACAAUCAAAAGUUUCAUAAUUUUUCUAUCAAAAUCCAAAGUUUCAUAAUUUUUAGUGCAAAAAUAUUUUGCUCUAUCGAUUAAGUUAAAAAAAUCUAUAUUUUAAUUGCUAAACAAUCCAACCGUAGAAUUGAAUAUUUCCCAGAAUGACUUUUUUGUGGCGGUUUUAAUGCUUGGUUGCAGAAAAUACAUAUCUAGUUCUCUCUUUUAAACAGUAUUCAAUAAUCAAGUAAAACGAAGCUUUUUUAUUAAAUUAUGGUAUACGUUUGGUAUAGUUUCUACAAACGUUCUUAAGAGUUCUAAUUGAAAUCAGUAGGAAAACUUUUUUAAGACUUAAAAUUACAACAAAAAACGUCUCUAAAAAUCAACUACUUAGUACCUAUCUGCAUCAGUUCGUUGAGCACAGAUUUUAUAAUGGGAAGAGAUUUCGUGGAAAUGUUCGGGUAAUUUGAGGUAGUUUUGGAAUCCUAAUUGCUUAAAACAUCUCGGAACAAUUUUUUUUAGUGUUAUUGCUACAGUUGCCCCCUAGAGUCCUAAUUUUGUUCAGUCGUAGAAUAUUACAAUCCAAACUGAACGCUAAGUUGUGCAAUUUUCAUAAAUCUUACAAAUUCGGAAGGAAGCUUAGAAUAUAUGUACAAUAUGAAUAAUAUGAUAUUUACGCUUUAAACCUAAAUGCGGCAUCUUGACAUUUUAGCAAAAAUAUUAAAAUAAAUUUUCGUAACAUUUUUUUCAGUUAUUUAAAUAAUGGGUCAAAAUUUUGGAGAAUUGCAUUGGAAAAGGUUUACUUUUUAAGGAAAACAGAGGAAUGCAAUAUUGUGGUUUUUAAUAUUUCAUUAUAAACAAUGUAGAAUGAAUCAUUUGAAUGAACGACACAGUUUUGUGGCUUAAUUUCUUCCUAAGCUAACAAGGUCAAAAAAAAAAACAAAUAAUACACCACAUUGAAAAAAAUAUGGGGUAUCGUAUGCAUAUUAGAAUGGGUCAACAAAGUCGAUUUUUUGGAACAAAGCUUUUUUUUAGCGUCCAAACAACUGUGCAAAAUUUGGGAGCGAUAGGUAGUUUUUCCCGUAUUCCGCAUUGCGAUUGAAAUUUGUAUGGAAUUUGGUAUGGGAAAACGUAAUUUUUUGCGUUUUUCUCAUAAAUUGAAAUUUUUCGUCUAAAACGAUCUAACUAAUGACGUUGAAAUAUAACCUAGGAUAUUCCGAAAAACUUUGCCGAAGACCGCAAAGUGAUCCGACACUUGUGAAAAAAGUUAUAACGUACACUACAAAUUUCAUUUAGCAAUACGAAUUUACUGAGUAUCAGCAAUUAUUCAUCAACUUGCUGAACCAUCCAGCAAUUUUGACAGUUGAUCAGCAACGUUGUGCUGAUACUCAGCAAAAAUUUUGCUGAAAUUCAGUAAUUUAUUUUGCUGAUUUUUUUGUGCUGAAAGUAUUUCCAAAAAUUUGGUGUGUACAGAUUGCCCGGUGAUGCUUAACUUUUAACAUGUGAAGGAAUAACAUCAAUAAUAAAAGUUACCAGGCGAAUAACUUUUUUCACAAGCGUCGUAUCACUUUGCGGUUUGCAGCAAAUUUUUUUGGCAUAUCCUAGGCUAUACUUGACCGUCAUUAGUUACAUGGUAUUAGACAAAAUAAUUUAACUUAUGAGUAGAAUGCAAAAAAGUACAUAUAUUUUCCCAUACUAACUCCCACACAAAUUACAAUCGCAAUGCGGAAUACGGGGACGCAGCCAAUCGCUCCCAAAUUUUGCACAAUUGUUUUGGACGCUAAUAUAGAUUGAAAAAGCUUUGUUCCGGGUUGAUACGAUCGUAUUUAAAGUUUCUCCAUACAACGUUGACCCUCUCUAAUAUAUAUCCAUAAUCUUAUUUUUGGGGGCCCACUUUAUAGGGUUUGCCCCGGGCUCCCUGAAGCCUAAAUGUGGCACUGACAUCACUUAACAAAUUGUUUUCUGCGCAUGAAAUUAAAGUUGAAUAGUUCGUCAUUGAUAAAUCGUUGGCAUAUGGGAUCACACAUGUCAUAAUUUGCAAAAAAUAUACGAAUUGGCUUUAAUUCAGAUAAGCUCAAUUUUACAUCAGAGCAUUUUUUUGCGUAGCUUUUAAUAUUUUCGUCAUAAUCAAGUAGUUUAUUUAAUUUUUAAGUUGAAGAUCGGCAAAAGUAUUAGUAGUUUACGCAACAAGGUGCACAAUGAAGAUUUUUACCGCACGAGUUGUACACUUAUCCAUAAAGGCUUGCCGAGUUGGAAAAUUACGUUUUCUGUCAUCUCUCCAAGGGGCCUCCACAUCCGUUUGGGCCCGGGCCCUCACAAUCCUUAAUCCGGGCAUGUGUAGCACUGUGAUCAUAUCUUGUACCUCAAUUGAUGAAUUAGCCAUCGAAAGAUAUGAUCGAAGCAAGGAGGGGCCAUGGUUGUGUCAAAUUCCGGAAAUAUUCUUCUACUGUAGGUAUAAACAUGUCAAUAAUGCCUCUGAAUGUUUCUGGAAUGUAUUAAUUCAUUACAGAUAUCCAUAGAAAUACUUUGGUUGCUUGUUAAGAAAAUUAUUGUAUUCUCGUUAUACAAAGUUGUGCUCCCACUUUCUGGGAAACCCUAAAUAUUAUACAGUGACAUCACCUAAUUCCACGGUUGAUUUUUUUUGUAUUUCUUUAAUAUAUUGAUUUCAGGAGUCAUUGAGUUACAUGAAAGGCACACUGCCUUGUAUCUCAAAGAGAAAGUUGAAGAGCUUUGCGCAAAAUUUUGAAUUAAACGUUCUCAAAUUUAUUCAGCAACUGUUGAUAACGGUCGCAACGUGGUCAAAGCAGUUGAUCUCAUGCAAGAAUGGGCAACUGAUGAUGAAGAUGCCGAGAACGAAUCGCUCAUGGUAAAUAUUUAUGCUGGCAAAUUUUACAUCAUACGUUGAAUAAUCUGAUAUUUUUUAGGGCGAUUCCGGUCAAGUUCAAGACAUGGAUGAUGAUGCCGCACACGAACACCUGGUACACCUCACUGAUGAAUUCGAAGAGUCCCUAAGAGAGCACAAAGUGGAGUGCAUUAGAUGCGGAUCACAUACCAUCAAUCUUGUCGUGAACGAUGUGACGAGUGCUUCAGAACGAGAUGACGAUGCUCUGAAGCACAUUGUAAAAAUUGUGAAAUCCUAUCGGAGAGCUGAAUACAAGAAAGCGUUUAAAAUCACUAAAACAUCCAUGCCACCGAUUCCCAAUAAAACUCGUUGGAACGUGUACUAUAGCAUGGCCACAGAGUUAUUGGAGAAUCGAGAGUUUUUCACCGAUAUGGGAUCGCAAUAUAAAGAACAAGAUCUAUCCGACUACUGGAGCUUCCUGGAAGAAUAUCAAGAAGCAUUCCAGCCACUAUACGAAGCGUCAAUGAGGUCUCAGAAAAUGGAAUGUGGAAUUAGCCAGUUCCACCUCGAAUGGCUUAAGGCCUUUGGGAAAGUUAAGUCUUUGAAAACGAACAGAUUCACUUCAACGGUCCUGCAAUCCAUGGCGAAGAGGCAGCAGACCAUGACGAGCAACAUUGCGUACAAAGCCGCUUUAUUCAUGGACCCCCGAUUUUCGUAUAAUGGCUCGGAACUCUUCAAGACGGACGAAAAAACUGAAGUAGUGGCUUAUCUUAUCGGCGUAUGGAAAAAAAUAAACGCAAAUUUUCCGGAUGUGAAUACGGAACAAACCUCCAAAUCUGAUACAGACACUGGGCCAAUGGAUUCGUCGUUUGACAUAAACGAUUUCUUCACAGAGUUGUUUGGACAGGGCACCUCUGCGCGAUCUCAGGCUCCGAACUCGCUGGAAGAAAAAUUGCAUCAAAUCCAGUACCAAGACCGAGUGAAUCCAGCGAAUGAAAACUUCAAUGUAAUUCACUACUGGUACACUCAGAAAGUACGGGAUGAAAGGCUGUGGAAGAUUGCACAAGUUGUGUACGCUGCCGCAUCCUCGCAGGCUGCCGUGGAGCGAGAUUUCUCUGCCUAUAACCUUAUUUUCACAAACUCGAGGAACAGGCUGGCAGGAGACACAAUCGAAAGUGUGUAA